GCGAAUGUCAAAUUGGAAUACACGUGCGAGUUGUUUCUACCGGAGUUUAAUUUAUUUAAUGUUUUUUAUUUAAUAAAUAGCUAAAUAAAAACAUGCCGGCAUUAGUGGCAACAGGUGUGCAAUUCGGGGGACCGCCUAAGAAUAAGAAAAUCGUGUUCGAUGAUUCUGGCGAGGUUGUUCCUAAACAAAACAAAAAGGAUCACCCACAUAAGCCAAAAUUUCAAGGCAACGAACCGGUGAAAAAGCCACACAAAAUAAAGUUUGGAGAGGAUGGACAGGCUAAGGGUGGUAAACCCUUUAAUAAAAACAACCAAAACCAUAAUGGCCAAAAGCCUGAUCAUUCAAAUAAACCACAAAAGAUUAAAUUUGACGAUGAUGGCCAACAGGUAGCUCCGAAAUCCUUUAACAAAAAUCACCAAAAUGGUCAAAAUCCACAAAAAAUUAAAUUUGGCAAAGACGGAGAAUCUGCACAUCAAAAAGCAUAUAAUAAAAAGCACCAGAAACAUAAUGUCCAAAAUUCAGAUUUUACCAAUAAACCACAGAAUAUGAAGUUCAGUGAGAAUGGCGAAGAAGUGUCUCAGAAUUCCUUUAAAAACAAUCCCGAACAGAACAAGAAACCUCAAAAAAUUAAGUUUGGAGAUGGUGAAGAUUCCACCUCGGAGAACCCCAAAAAACCCCAACGUAUCAAGUUCGAUGAAGACGGGGCUAGUAAAAAUGUCUCCGAUAGCGAUGGAGAUAGUGAUGACGAACUGGGACAGUCUUUUUCCAAAAAGCACAACAAAUAUCAAUCUAAAAUUGAUGAGGAUGAGGAGUCCCAAAAGAAAUGGUAUCAUGUGCAUCCCGAUUAUCCAUCUACCGAUGAGGUUUUAGACAUGAAGGAGAACGAGCAAAUGGAGCUCUACAAUCUCUGCAAGACUUCCUUUGAAGCAGAGAAGACAACAUUUAAUAAGCGAAAUCCAUCGGAUGCUCGGUGGUUACAAACUGCUCUGCACAAGGGUACGGCCAAGGAUCGAGCCAAUGCCGGCGCCCUGCUGGUAACAAGCAAUCCAUUGGGCAACCUGGAAGCUCUGACUACUUUGAUUGGCUUUUGUAAGAUCUCCAACAAGGCCAGCAAUGAUGUGAUUACAGUUCUCACUGAUUUGUGGCAGGAGGUGCUGCUGCCGCCUAACAGAAAGCUUCUGGCGGUGCACACACGAGGAGCUGAUUGGAAAAAGUUAAAGAAGGACGAGAAAAUGCGCAAUGAGCAAAAGCGUCGCAUCUACGCGUACUGGCAUUUCGAGAGUGAGUUGAAGGACCAGUACCAUGAAUUCCUCAAGAACGUGAUGCAAGGAUUGCAGACAGGACAGGAGCACAAUAAGAACUCUUCUAUUGUGUCAGCAGCCAGAUUGCUGGCCUAUGCGCCCGAGAAGGAGCAGUUGCUGCUAACUAUGCUUGUCAAUAAGUUGGGUGAUCCCAUUGCAAAGAUAGCCUCUAAGGCAUUGCAUCAUCUUAGCGAGGUUGCCCAAAAACAUCCCAACAUGUGUGGCGUCAUUGUAUCCGAGGCAGAGAAGUUACUUUUUCGUAACAACAUAUCAGAGCGGGCGCAGCACUUUGCACUUUGCUUCCUGUCUAGCAUAGCACCCUCCGGCCGGCCGGAAGUCUGUACUAAGCUAGUCAACAUCUGCUUUGCCCUCUUCAAGGUUCUCGUCCAAAAGGGAGCCGUAAAUAAUAGGACAAUGCAAGCCAUUCUUCGGUGUCUACAAAAAGCUAUCGUAGAGGCUCAACCAGCAAAGGAUAGUAAUGGAGAGUUGCUUACCAAGGAAAUGCAGGACACUAUCUACAGGUUGGUCCAUUUGGCCGAUAUUAGGGUCGCUGUACAGACUCUUGGUUUGCUGCUGCAACUGGUGACUGUUAAGACAGAAAAAUCGGAUCGGUUCUAUAAUGCUCUUUAUGUAAAAUUGUUGGAUUUGAACCUCAUCAAUGUUGGAAGUAAAACGGCAGCUCAUCUACUGCAUAUCGUUCAUCGUGCCAUUCACAUCGACAACCACGUUGCCAGGGCUCAGGCGUUUGUAAAGCGUCUUCUGCAGUUGACUCUCUACGCUCCUCCCCACAUUGCUGCUGGUUGUUUAAUAGUUAUCCAUAAGUUGCUGCGCAUGCGUCGUGAGCUCAUUGGUGGAACCGGAGCGUCCGAGGAGGUGGAUGAAAGUUCCAAAGUAGUCCCAUUAGUCACUGCUGAUUUGGACAAGUUUGGCAGUGAUGAUGAGGAGGUAUACAAGGAUGUGAAAGAGGAAGAUGUAAAAGACUCGAAACCAUCGGAAGAUAAAGUUGAGGGCGAUGCCAAGCCAAAAGUGUCAUCCUGGCAUCAUGCCACUGUAGCUGCCACAGAGUCUAAAGUUCGGGAUAUUGAUUCCUGCAAGUACGAUCCUUACCAUCGGGUGCCCGCUUUUGCAGGAGCUGGUUAUACACUCCGCCACGAACUGUUGCUGCUGCGUCAGCACUACCAUCCCACUGUCCAGGUGUUCGCCGAGCAGAUCCUACAGCAAUCACGAAUUGGUUACUAUGGCGAUCCGCUAAGAGAUUUCGGUCUGCCGCACUUUUUGGAACGCUUUGCCUUUAAGAAUCCGAAGAAGCUAGAUGCUCCACACGCGGCGGAAAGUGCUACAGUGGCCCACAAACGAUACAUGGCUCACGGAGCACGUGGUAGACCAGUAAAGUCGCUGACUAAGACCAACUGCACAGAAGACGAGAUGUUCAUCUUCAACUUCCUGGAGCACAAGCGCAAGCAGGCGGAAAUUGUGGCCCAAAACAAAAAACAAAAGGAUGGAAAGAAGGAGAACGCGGACGACGGUGAGGAUGGUGAGGCUGGAGAAGAGUAUCUAAAAGAGGGCGAAGUAGACGACGAUGAAUUUGAGGCAUAUUUGGAUGGGUACUUUGGCAAGAAGUUUAAGGAUGGCGUAGACGAGGAACAGGAUGAAGAGGAGCUGAACUUCCUUCAGGAGCUCGGCGGUGAGAUGAAGAAGGACAAGUCCAAGGACAAGAAACAGAAGAAACAGGCUGACAAGGCGGAAGAGGAUAUGGAUGAGAUAGAUGAUGACUGGGGUGAUGAUGAUUUAGGAGAAGAUGAAGACGAUGAAAUGGAAGGCGCUGGAGAUGAUCAGUCUGGUGAUGAAACGGGCUCAAUCGAUUUGGAGCCACUGGAUGAUGACGACGACGAUGAUGAUGAAGGCUCAAUAUCUGAGGGCGCCCAAGACGACAGUGAUUCAAGCGAUGCCCCUGAUAGUCCAGACGAAGACGAGGACGAUGAAGACGAAGAUGCACCACCCAGGUCCAAGAAAUCCCGUAGAGAAUCCUCUGGCAUGGUGGGUGGACGAAGCUUUGCAAAAACACUUAAACAAAGUCAUGAUAUGUCAUCCCUGUUUGCGGCCGCCGAUGACUUCUCUUCGCUGCUGGAAGAAACGGCUAAAGUCAAGGGUCAGGGAACCAGCAAUGCCGUAUUCAACAAGGACAAAUCCUCCGAUAAGCAAUUAAAGUGGGAAGAAAAGCGGCGAUCGAAUACGAAAACCUACAAGGGCAAGAAAUUUGGUGGCAAACCAACACAGAAAGCUGGCAAAAAGCGGAAACACUAAACUGAAAUCGAUUAUCAAAACCCUAAAAUAUUUUAAUGAAUAGAUGUGUAAAUACACAAAAGCAAGAUUAAAUUCAAUUUUGAAUAAGUUUAAAAAA